AACGCGAGUUGUGUUUGUUUGAAUGGGAGAGCAAACGGGUAACUUAACGUACGCCAAAAAUGAAGAGAAGCGCUGCACAGCGGACUAUAUUUAACUGCUGGUCAGAGAGGGAUGCAAAAUAAAAAAAUGUACUGAGAAUGAGGAUAGUUUAGGUCAUCACAGAGGGCCUAGACGUGUGCUCUUCUUCAGAAAACUGACAAGCUGAGAGGGAGCGUGGAGUAGAGCGUGAAGGAGCUAUAGGGUCAGCUCGAGCCCUACACCGCUGAUGUCAAAAGGAAAGUGAAAUAAGAUCUAAGGGAGUUUCAAAAAUCUCUUGUCUCACGAUUUCCAUGAUCACAUUUACCUUGAAAAGCUGGAUUGAAACUGCUUCAGUUCCACUCUUCUUGACUCCUUUUUAUUCAACAGAAAAUUAUAUUUCCUGUAUGCUCUUUAUAAUUGUUCUGCUUGUGCUUCUUAGUAAUAAAGCAUAAACCAUGUAGCAUCAAUGCUGCAUUAUGUUUAUGAACACUGCACUUUCUUUACCUCUGCAGAUCAAACAUUGUUGCCCAUAAAGCAACACUAAGUAUUCAAAGCACCCUCUAGUUGUGCCAAAUACAGUUAAACCAGUUCGGUCAGGUUUUGUGAAUUUAAAAAAAUAUAUGAUUUAAGAUAUAAAAUAAAAUAAUUCACAAAAUCAAAAUUUCAUCAAAAAACACAGCAGGAUACUGUUUCUAAUGUUAUUGCCUGUUUUUUCCACAGUGAACUAGUGCUAAAGGGCAGGAGGCUGGAGAACACUACAUAGUAUGACAUCAGAUACAGUGACAAAAGGCUCAAAUGACGUGUCAGGCCUUAUCAGGAAGUAAAGAAUAUGAUUUGGGUCUGUAGGUUGUAAGAGUUCAAUAGGUCAAGUAUUCAAACUCAAGUCUCUGUCUAGUUUAACUGAACAAUGUGAAUCAGAUGGACUUUUCCAGUUAGAACACUGUUGUAAAUAAUAAAUGGCAUACCAAAUGCCUUGGUAUAACAUUUAAAAUGUUGCCUCUAUUUUAACUUCCUUUUAGUAAUAGACUCACAAAUUUUUUUUCUUGUAUAUCUAUAUAGUUACAAUGCUACCAACUCUAAUAUAAUUUCUGUGUAGAGAAGAGUUCACCAUCCCACACUUAUCAUUAUCUGCAUUGAAUAAGAUACGGUGACAAAAGGUCCAGUCAGGAAGUUAUGAUGUGGAGCAUUCCUGACUACAAGGCACUACCCACUGGACUUUGGGUCUCCACUCCAGCAAUCACCUCCUCAUGCUGUAUAAAUACAGAUAUGAAAAAGCUAGAUCCUCACUUGUUCUUCAAACUGGACAGCGUGGAUACUACAACCAUGAAGGUUCUCUUGGUUCUCACCCUUGCUGUAUUUACAGGUUGCAAUGCCAACCUUUUCUCUGCUGACGAGCCCAAGCCACAGCUGGAGCAGUUGACUGAUGCCUUCUGGAGUUAUGUUGCUAAAGCUACACACACCGCAGAGGAAACCGUCCAGAUGAUCAGGAGUUCACAACUGGGGCAAGAAGUCAAUUCUAGGCUGACACAGAGUGCUGAUAUGGCCAGUGAAUAUGCCAUCACCCUCAGGAAACAGGUGGAUCCUCUGACUGAAGAGCUCAUGACCAAAAUCACCAAGGAGACUGAAGUUUUGAGGGAGCGUCUGGGUCAGGAUCUGAUCACAGUGAGAGACAAACUGGAGCCCUAUGCCGACAACAUCAAGAGUCAAAUUCAGCAGAGAGUUGAGGAUCUCAGAGCAGCCAUGACUCCAUAUGCAGAUUCUCUGGAUUCUGAGAGCCUGAAGGCCACUCUUCUCCAGAAAAGUGAGGAGCUGAGAGGGAGCGUUGAGCAGAGCGUGAAGGAGCUGCAGGCUCAGCUUGAGCCCUACACCGCUGAUAUCAAAGAGAAGGUUGACCAACAUCUCCAGGAGUUUCAGAAGACCGUGAGCCCCAUGGCUGAGGAUCUUCAGGCCCAGAUUGCUGAGAGAGCAAAGAUGGUUCAGGAGAGUCUAACACCCUAUGCUGAAGACCUGAAGGAGAAGCUUGACCCCUACGCCCAGGACCUGAAGACCCAGCUCACCUCCCUCUAUGAGUCUUUCAUCAAGUCCAACUAAAUUCUUUUAAGACUUCAUCUUACAUCAAAUAUUUUCUCAUGAAUGAGAAAUGGGACUUCAAAAUAACUCAUCCAACUACACCUAAACAAAAACUACUAGUAAAUAUGAACAGUUGCCCUUGAAAGAUCAUUGAUGGUUUUAUGAGUAAAAUGUCCUGCAUAUCUGAUGCAUAUUUAUUAAGUCAAAGUUAGGAACUUUAUCACAUGUGUGUGAAGUUUCUUGCAAGUGUUAAUUUUAUUUGAUUGCAUUGAUCAAAUAAAAAAUUCAGCAUUUAUAAACCAAAUUGUGUUUCGUUUGAAUGGUAAAAGAU